AUGCCUCACAGCAAACACCAUGAACAUACAGCAAACGAGCAGGACAUUUCUUACACAGAGAUAAAGACAGCUAAGUCUACAAAGAAGCAAAGAAAACCUAAAGCCAAGCAGAGCUCUGUAAUGCUAAGUGAAGAACAACUAAACUAUGCAGAAGUGACAUUCGACAGAACGCCUCAGCUCCUCUCCCCAAAACAGGUUGUCAGAGGAAAAAGACAAGGUCCAAAAACAACAGUAUGGAAAAUAGUAACUGGCAUCCUUGGAACCUUGUGCGUGGUACUUAUGACAACCGUGGGGAUCUUACUUCCAAAAUUAUUUUCUAGCCAAGAACAAAGCAGAGAAAGCUCGCCUCUUCAUCCUCUGCUUCCUAAAAAGGAAGAUGGCGCCUGCUACCUUUGUUCACUGGACUGGUUUGCUUUGGGAAACAAUUUCUAUCAUAGUUUUCGUGAAAUAAGAACCUGGGCAGACAGUCAAGCUUCCUGUGAAAAAUGGAACUCUCAUCUUGUGAAGAUAGACUCCAAAGCAAAGCUGGUGGGUCACAGGCUCCUACUUUCCUGUUUCUUUGUAACUGUUUACUCCAAUCAUGAAGACCUAGCAAACUGA